AUGGCCGACGAAGAAGUUCAAGCCCUUGUUGUUGACAAUGGAUCAGGGAUGUGCAAAGCUGGAUUCGCUGGUGAUGACGCACCAAGAGCAGUGUUCCCCUCCAUCGUUGGACGACCUCGACAUCAAGGUGUGAUGGUCGGUAUGGGUCAAAAAGACAGCUACGUUGGUGAUGAAGCACAAUCGAAACGUGGUAUUCUCACACUGAAAUACCCAAUCGAACACGGCAUUGUGACGAACUGGGAUGACAUGGAGAAGAUCUGGCAUCACACAUUCUACAAUGAAUUGCGUGUGGCUCCAGAAGAACACCCGGUCCUGUUGACCGAGGCUCCAUUGAAUCCGAAAGCCAAUCGUGAGAAGAUGACCCAAAUCAUGUUUGAGACAUUCAACACACCAGCCAUGUACGUGGGCAUUCAAGCUGUACUGUCACUGUACGCAUCGGGUCGUACAACUGGUAUUGUGUUGGACUCUGGUGAUGGUGUGACACACACUGUUCCGAUCUACGAAGGUUAUGCCCUACCACAUGCUAUCCUGCGUCUGGAUCUGGCUGGUCGUGACUUGACUGACUACUUGAUGAAGAUUUUGACGGAACGUGGUUACAGCUUCACGACCACAGCCGAGCGAGAAAUCGUGCGUGACAUCAAGGAGAAACUGUGUUAUGUGGCUCUUGACUUUGAACAGGAAAUGGCCACUGCCGCGUCCAGCUCAUCUCUGGAGAAGAGUUACGAACUGCCUGAUGGUCAGGUGAUCACGAUCGGUAACGAACGAUUCCGUUGUCCUGAGGCGUUGUUCCAACCAAGUUUCUUGGGUAUGGAAUCUGCUGGUGUUCAUGAGACCACAUUCAACUCAAUAAUGAAGUGUGAUGUGGACAUCCGUAAAGAUCUGUACGCGAACACUGUGUUGUCAGGUGGUACGACAAUGUUCCCAGGUAUUGCUGAUCGUAUGCAGAAAGAGAUCACUGCAUUGGCGCCGAGCACAAUGAAGAUCAAGAUAGUUGCUCCACCUGAGCGAAAAUAUUCCGUUUGGAUUGGUGGUUCUAUUUUGGCCUCAUUGUCUACGUUCCAACAGAUGUGGAUUUCCAAACAAGAAUAUGAUGAAUCUGGUCCUGGUAUUGUUCACCGUAAAUGCUUCUAAGUUAUAUUAUGAAGUAAAUAAUGUAAUAUUUAUUCUCGAUCUUGUCGUGCAAUAAAACCCUGAAAUAAAUUUGCCUUUGACCCACCUUUUUACUUGUUCUCCAUGUUUUUUGCGUUUCUUGAGUUAAGCUUCAUGAAAUAGGAGACCAUGUUUUUGUAAUUUUGAUCUGAAUACUUUAAAGAUCUUAGGUGAUCUCUAAUUUGAUGCAUUUACAUCGGUUUUUUGUCUUUGACAAUAAGGACGAUAGUGAAAUUUAUUGAAAUAUACAUAGUGCUGAAG